AUGAAACUUGCGUUAUGGCCAUGGCGCAUUUCCUUUUGGGUGCAGCUAACCGUUCUUGUGUACGCAGCAUAUUGGUGGUGGAAAAAGAGGAGGAGGCCGCAGAUUCUGGUUACGCUCAGCUCAGCCUAUGCGCGGGACGUUGUUCUUGCAGCUGCCAAAGAGUUGGGCAUUACAAUAGGCCCGGCAUCCUGUGAAUGGGCUGACUUUGCCAGACUCAACUGGGAUACGUUUUUUUCCGAUGCUACGACUUUGCACCGACGCUCAAGCCUCUACUUGCGCGCUUCGUUGGUGCGGAAGGGCAUGUUGGCAUACUUCCUAGCCAAGAAGGGCGUGGUUGAUGUGAUGCCGAAGACGCUGAUUGCCGACAUCGAAGAUCAAGAAGAUUUGGAUCAUUUGCCUCGUCGGGUGUCAAAGUGGAUGGGCAAGGAAAGUACUGGGGAUCAGCUCGCCAAAAAAUCGGUAGAAUCCGGCUUGGUGCUGAAAGCUUCAAAUGCCAACCGCGGAGAGCACAUUUACUUAGUGCAAAGUGCUGCGGAAGUUUCUGCAAUACAUUCGUCUGUGCUGCAAAAUGUGACCGAAUGGGUAAUUCAGCCUUACCUGAAAUCUCAAUUGCUGGAUGGUCGCAAGUUUCAUGUACGCUGCCACUUUGUAGUGGUUGGAUGCCCACGGUGUGGUGCAUCUAGAGCUUGGCUGCAUGAUGAGGCAGUCAUCCUUCUGGCUUCUCAACCAUUUACUGAAGACCUUACACAGAUUGCCGCCCACUUGACCAACAUGUGCCAACAAGAGAAACACCCAGACUACAAUGAGGGAAGACAAAUUCUGCUUCUCAGCACAUUGAAGGACAGCAAGAUCCGUCCUGAAGAAUUGUGGCCACAGUUCACGCGCCAUCUCUCUGCCGCACUUGGUGCCGCUGAAGCUGGCCGUGCUGGCUGGUCACCUCUGCCACAGUGCUUUGAGCUUUUCGGAGCAGACUUUCUUCUUGAAGAAGGGCAGCAGCCCAAAGCAUGGCUCUUGGAGGUCAACGCCGGUCCUGAUUUGGCGGUCUUUGGUCACAAGCGCUAUGCAGCAAAACGAUUGGUCAGGGAUGUUUUGGAGACUGCUGUGCUGCCGUUCCUGCACCUCAAAGAGGAGCCAUUCUUACAAAGCGACAGGUGCUUCUGUCAAGUUGCAAAGGGAGGAUUCUUUUCGCGAGAGCUUUGGUCUCAAGCAUCGACCACCGCGUCACCUCUUUGCGAGUUGAAGGCCUUUCAACGUCGAUUGGAAAAUGCUGCGCGGUUGGCCAAAGAGCUUCAUAGCAACAGCAAGUUGCCACUGCGCGGACCGCAAGGCGAAGUAGCGAGCAGGCAGUUGUAA